GUUUAUUAAGCACUGUGAAAUAAGUAUGAAGAGGUCGACCAAAGAUCCAAAUGUCUUCCUUGAUCGCUUGAUCAUGAAGAAUAUAGCUGAAUUUGCACUGGAAAAGAACUUUAAGACAAGUGAUCAAGUAUCUUUGAACAUUCUGUGCGAGAUAGUCAAACAAUUUGUUGGGAAAUUAGCAGAUAUUACUAAGGACAGCUCUGAGCUUAAUGGCAGGAGUGAAUCUAAUAUGAUAGAUGCCCUUUCUGGGAUCUUCAGGCAUUCUAAGAUUAAUCAGAAGCAGAUAAUUCAACAUAUUAAGAAAAAGCCUUUCAAAUAUGAAUGUUGGAAUGAAGGUCUUAUUGAGAAAAUAAUGAGUGAGCAACAAGAAAAAGCUGAUAAUUUCAUCAAAACUCAUUUUAAACACACCUUGCCAAAUAAUGCAGAUGAUUCUGCAGAUGGAUGAGUUGAGUUACCUGAGAAUAUUAAAAAUUUUAAAGGGCUUCCAGCUAUACCUCCAUUCUUAAGAAAUUUUCCUUCAAAUUUAUCACUCCAAAGUAUGAAAAAGAUUGAGUAUAAAGAUAAAGAAGAGAAGUCUACGAGUUUAAAAAUCAAGAAUAAGAGAGAGGUUGAAGAUAAAUUAGUAGAAGUGACGUUGCCGCCACCCAAUCUUGAAGAAAAGGUUAUCCCUAAACAGCCAGAUAGCAAGCCUGAUCAAGACAAUAAAGAAAAACAUGAACACCCCCCUAAGGUCCCUGAAGGACAUUCUCAGGAGGAGAAUAAGACUGGAAUUGAGCAGGUUGAAGACAUUUUCAAUGAAAGCCAACAUUCAGGUGAUGAAAAUAAAGCAUCAGAACUACUCAAGAAAAGAGAGGAUGAUAUCCCUGAAGAGAUCCUCGAGAAAUAUAAAGAGGAGAAAUCAGAGGCCAAGAUCAAGAAGCGGACAAGGAAAGGUGUCAUGAAAAUCAAAGAGUCGAAGAACCUGUUUGUAUAA